GCAGGGAGGGGUUGUGAGGUGUUCAAGAUGGCGGCGCCCUGUGGAGUGCAGUUGCUCUAACAGUGGUUCCUGGAGACUGGAUCGACGGGCGGCCCAGGGACCCCUCCAGGCCGGACAGGACGCUGGAUGCCGCGAGAGUGACGUCUGAGAGCCGCGCCCAAGUCCUUUUUAGAGACACCCGCCUCCGAACUCUCCCGCGCUGUCCGCACCAUCAUGUCCAGGGAACAGCUGAACGUGGGGGACCUCCUCCCUCUCCUGGAGACCUCUGACCUCCGGCAGCUCGAUGAGAUCAAGGGCCUUAUCAAUGAACACCUCAACACAGAUCGAGGGUCAGUGCUGCUGAAUGGUUUGGUGGAUUAUUUCCUGGAGACUAACUCUGCCCAGGCAGUGCACAUCCUGUCCUCAGUGAGGGAGCCACAUGAUAAGCACCUUUUUGAUAAAAUGAAUGAAUGCAUGAGUAAAGCCCAGUGUCGCCUGCCCACGCUCACUCUACUGGGGCAUGUUGUCCGAAAGCAGCCGUCUUGGAUUCACAAGAUUGCUCGCUAUCCGCUGCUGCUAUCUCUCCUAAAAUGCCUCAAGACAGACACAGAUGUUGUGGUUCUGAUAACUGGAGUCUUGGUGCUUAUCACCCUGUUACCCAUGAUUCCUCAAGCUGGCAAGCAGCACCUCUAUGAGUUCUUUGACGUAUUCGGCCGUCUGGCUUCCUGGAACCUGAGAAGCCCGGGACACAUACCAGAGGUGUAUCUCAUCCACCUGCACGCCAGCAUGUACGCACUCUUCCAUCGGCUCUACGGGAUGUAUCCCUGCAACUUUGUGUCCUACCUGCGGUCUCAUUACUGUAUGAAGGAGAACAUGGACACCUUUGAGGAAGUUCUCAAGCCAAUGCUAGAGCAUGUUAGAAUACACCCAGAGUUAGUAACCGGAACCAAGGACCAUGAACUAGAUCCUAGCAGGUGGAAGAGGUUUGAGAUUCAUGACAUAGUCAUUGAGUGUGCCAAAGUCUCUCUGGAUCCAAAGGAGGCGUCCUGUGAAGAGGGCUACACCACCAUGCCUGAGCAUUUCUGUGCCCAUUUACAGCAACGUCCUGCUGAUUGCACUGCCAGUCCGUACACCGACUUCCACAGUAGCUAUGGAAGUUCUUCCUCGACUCAUUUCUCCACCCCCCGUCAGCCUGUUGUCCCUCCUCUGGCCCUGUCCUCUUUCUCAGGGACUCAGCCGCCCUGUCGCAGCCCCACUGGGACCCGUCGGCAGAACUCCAGCUGUGAAUUUAAUGCUGCAUAUGGCGCUAAAGAUUCCCUCUGGAGUCCCUCCUCCCAGUGUGGCAUGGCCACGCCUCCUUCCUCCCGUGGGAUGUCACCAAACCCGGAACUCUACCAGAGUGCCUCUCACCUACCCAGCCGCCUCUACAGCACACCUGCGGGAGGUAAAGGCACCCCGUCCUCCAGCAUGCCCGCAGCCGCCUCGCCUCUCCCCAGCCUCUCCGAUGAGUUUCCCCACAUGAUGCCACAACGCAGCACCGCUAGCCCACCAUGCAAGGAUGGAAGACCUUUUGACCACACCAAACCCGCCCUGGUAAGGCAGGAGCCAAUCCGAGAGCCUGAAGUGACCAGUUAUAGAGAUGGUAGAAGUGAGAACAUGUCCAUGACACUGAAAGAACUCUCAGUCUACAUGAAGGAACAGGAGCAAAUGAGGAUCGAGAAAGAAAGGGAGGAUGCUGCCAUCACAGAAGAGCUUCAGAAGUUGACUGAAGAGAAACGUGAUGUAGCUGCUCUUCGUGGUUUUGACUCGCCCUUCUUCAGCACCACAGAGACCCUGACCGGAGCCCAGGAGAAACCUCUACACUACUCAGUCCUAGGCGGCUCGAUCAGAGACCCUCACAACGCUAUCUCCACCCCCGAUAAAUCCGAGACCGGAGACAGGAGCAGGGUCAGCAGAGGUACAUCCCAGGAGCAUCCAUGGUCCUUUCAACCAGUAUUCACACCCAUCGAUCAUCCGACCCACAGUCAUCUCCAUCGGAGCCCCUCUGCAUUGGACGACGAAGCUCUAAAAUUCGGCUUGUGCUCCCCAAGCCCGUGCAAACCUCUGCCUCUGCCGUACGAGGCGCUGUUUGACAUGGCCUUACCCCGGACGGCCUCCCUGUUCAUAGGGAGGAAGACUUCGGAGAUUGUGCAGCGAGUAUCUGUAGAAAGGUGCCAGAGAAAUGACGUGGGCAAGCACGGUGAAGAGGAGGGUGUGGAGGGGGUUGUAUCGGCUUCACCUCUGGAGGUGCUGGACCGCCUCGUGCAGCAGGGUGCUGAUGCACAUGAUAAAGUGCUGAAGAGAUUACCCCUGCCAAGCAAGUCAGCUGACUGGACGCACUUCGGAGGUGCUGCUCCUCUGGAUGAGCUGCACACACUGCGCAGUCAGCUGCUACUGCUGCACAACCAGCUGCUGUACGAGCGCUACAAGAGAGAGCAGCACGCCUUGCGCAACCGCCGUUUGCUCCGCCGCAUCAUCAACGCCACCGCGCUGGAGGAGCAGAACAACGCUAUGAAGGACCAGCUGAACCUGCAGAGUGUGGAUAUCAUGUCUCUCAGAGAGAGCUUGCAGGUGGAGCAGCAGAGAUACAGACAGCUUUGGGAUGACAGAGAGACUGUAGUGACGCGCCUCCACAGUCAGAUACGCCAACUGCAGCAGGCCAGAGACGAUUAUUACACCAAAAACCAGGAGUUACAGAGUAAGCUACAAGAAUGCCAGAAGAGAAUAGGCGAGAUGGAGGCGGAGCUUCAGAGGGCAAACAACAAGGUGUGCCACACAGGGCACCUGCUGAACCAACUCACUGCCAAGCUGUCGUCAAGUGAAAGCGUUCAGCAGCAGCUGAGUUUUCUAAACAAGCAGUUGUUGCUGUUGGGAGAAGCUCAUAAACUGUGUGUCCAGGAACUGAAGCAGGCUGGACCAGACACCAGCAAGGAGGUACAGAUGCUCCAGUCAUCCCGGGGAAAGGAAACGGAAGAUCUGAAGCAGAAUCUGUUAUUUCAGACCCAAAAGCUAGAUGCUGGUCAGCAGAGAGUAGCCGAGCUAGAGACGCUGCUCUCCAAGAAAGAGCACCUGAUUGCGGAGCAAAAAAAGUUUCUAGAAGAUGUCAAGGUUCAGGCCAGAGGGGAGCUGCAGGCUUCUGAGAGCAGGUACCUUACCCAGCGGCGGGUAGCACUGGCCCUCCAGGCUGAACUUUUACAGCUGUACAGCAGGCUGGAAACUGAAGACUCUUCUACCACUGCUUCAGCCUCACCAGCAGAGGGUGCAGCAGAGACACGCAGUUCUACAGAGACCAGUGUCAUAGUGGUGGACAGGCCAGUGAAAACAGCCACCAAAGAGGAAGGCAAAGCUCCUCAGUCUCCACGCGGCAACGGCAGCACUCUAUCAUCAGGGCAAUCCAAAGCCAGUCCCUCCGCCGCCAACUCUGUAAACGGGAACCGUGACACUCCUCCACCCGUACUAAUGGAACCACCCCUCCACCGUCCCCAUUCCCCGCUAGGCCCCCCAGGACCCCUGGUCUCUGCCGGGGCCCCGCUCACUGUGGGCUCCUACCCAAACGCCAAGAGCUUUUUGGGCAUGCGGGCGAGAGAGCUCUUCCGCAACAAAAGCGAGAGCCAAUGUGAUGAGGACGAACCUCCUCCUCCCCGUCUCACUGGCCUGUCACAGGGCCUGAAGACUGAGCUUUGCGUGGAGCCGACAGCGAAGAGCACACCUGGCGCUCCGGGGUCCACCUCUGCACAGAGCAUCACCCUCGUCACGUCUGCCAAAGAAAGCCACCCUGGUUCUCAGAGAGCAGAUAACCGAGACACGUUCGGAUCAAGGUGCCCAGAGCGGCCCAGACAGCAGCCGCUAAGAAUCUUGGACUAUUAUGAAAGUCACCAGGAGCACAGCUGAAGUAAGAGGAGGUAUGGAGAAAGUUGAAGUUGGAUGGAGAGAUGUGCAAAUUUAGAUAUAUUUAGAUAGUGUAAGGCAAGACUCUUUCAAUUUUCAGUGUUAUCUGUACAAUUUCCUCAAGACGACAACAGGAUUUGCAAGGAGGGAUUAAGUAAAGCCCUCACCAAAACUGGAAAGCUUGGACUAAAAUGUUACGAAUGCAGUUUUAAAGUUGGUCACACAUUAAUCCCACUAUAUUUUACAGCAUAAACAUAACUGCUACAUUUUGUUUUUGCUUAUUCAUAUAUGUGUUUAGGGAAAUAUUAGAAGCAAUAUCAUUUGAUUGAGUUGUAGUGAUGGUACAGUCCUCACACGCUCACAGCUCAACCGCACAGAGUGUGAGUGUGUGCUCGGAUGUCUAGAGGAGGAGGAUCCAGUAGUCUUGUGCCAAGCAGUGUUCAUUUUUUAAACCAUCAGGUUUUAACAGACAUGUCAGGAUCCUUUUCAUGUGCUAAAAUCAUGUUUAUUUUUACAAUGUUACUGUGUGUAUGUAUGAUGUCCGUGUGCAUCUUGUAGAAUAUCCCGGAGUCAGGACCAAGACAGAUUCUGGGUUAAAUUGCACUGUCAGUUGUUCAUCGUGAAAAAUCCCUUUUAGUCUCAGACUAGACUUGAUUUUGGUCUAUAUUCUAAGGGGCAGUUUCCCGGACAGGGUUUAAGCCUAGUCCCAGACUAAUUUAAAUGUUAGAGGUGUUUUAAUCGAAAACAACUUGCACUGACAUAUCUUAAAAUGUAUCAGAGGGAUUGUUUUGUCUCAAGAUGCCCACCAGUAAUGUUUUUUUGUAACGAAAGUUUUUAAAAACGACUUUAAUAUCCUAAUUUAACCAAGGCCUAGUCCUGGUUUAAACUAAUCCCUGUCCGGGAAACCGCCCCUAAAUGUUACAGCCAAAACAAAGAGAGGACCCAGUGUGUUUCAAGAGGUUUUUUAUAUGAAUAGAAUUUUUAAAAUUUAUUUAUUUUUGUUGUCCUAUCUUCCCCUUAUGUUAUACAUAGCUUUUCAAGCUAAUUUUGGAGAAAGUAUUGCCAGUUACUCACUGCUUUUAAAAAGCCUCUUUACUGAUUUACAUGUCGCCAUUUAACAGGAAGUUCUUUGUGCUACGAAAUAUCCUAAGACAUGUAAUUAAAAUCUAGAUAUCGGCCUUAAUCAAGCCUUUGAAAAAAAUGAAAUUGCACUGGACAGUUCACCCCAAAAUAAAAAUUCUGUCAUUUAAUCGCCCUCGAGUUGUUCAAAAUAUGUAUAAAUGUAUUUCUUCCGAUAAACAGAGAGAAAUAUAUAUGGAAGAAUGCUUGUAACCAAACAGUUCUUGGCCACCAUUGACUACCAUAGUAGGAAAAAUGACAAUGGUAGUCAAAAGUGCCCCAGAACUGUAUGCUUUCCUACAUUCUUCAAAAUAUCUUCUUUUGUGUUCAACAAAACAAAGAAAAUUAUAAAGCAAUAUUCCUACUAUGGUAGUCAAUGGUGGCCAAGAACUGUUUGGUUAAGAGCAUUCUUCUAAAUAUCUUUCUCUGUUAAUCAGAACAAAGAAAUUUGAGGGUGAGUAAAUGAAGACAGAAUUUGCAUUUUUGGGUGAACUGUUCAUUUAAAUUAUUAGGUCAGUUAUAAUAAUUAAUACUUCGAAAAUCGAAUAGUUAGACAUACAAUAAAACUAGAAAAGAACUUGUUCAGACAGCUUUAGUGCAGUUCUUUAUUGUGCUGGCAGAAAUAUAGUCUCUUACCAGCUUUGGUGACACCUGUAUUCUACCCUCUAAAAUCAAGGCGCCGCAUUCAUUUCAAUAUUAUUACAAAUUUUGCUUUCUGAGUGCCAAAUUUUUAAGACGUUGUGUAGAGUUGAGAUGUAUUGGCUUUGUCGUAUUACUCAGCAUAUCUAUUCCUAUAACUACAUAUCAGGGGUUAAUGCAAGACUCUUUUUGGGGAUGGGGGGGGACAGGUUGAGAUUUUGCUAAGAUGGAAGUAGGCAACUUUUUAACUGCAGGUAAUUUCCACUAAGUUCACAAUAAUUUAUAAAGAAAAAAGUUCCCAAAUCCUGUUGUCCCCUUGAUAUCUAUGCUGUUCCUUCUGCCUUGCUAUCUAGAGCAUGUACAACAAUCCUCUUUUAAUGCCAACAACAGGAACGACGACUUAACAAGACACAAGGUACAAUCAUUAUGAAAUGAAAGGAACGUAUAAAUUGGAGCUCCUUUGAUGCAGAUGAAAGUUCUGGGGUUUGUUUGGGCAGGGAGGCCAGGUCGGUUCGCAUAAGGUUCUUAAUGCAGUUGCUUGUGUUAACUGUGAAUGACAAAAAUAAAAUCAUCUUCAAUGUUUUGCACUACA